AAUUGUGGACACUUCCUCCUUUCAGUCAAGAUGGCGAAGUUCGAUCUGACGACCACGCUCGGCCAGUACUUGGAUCGACAUCUGGUCUUUCCAUUGCUCGAGUUUUUAACUGUAAAAGGGCUCUAUGAAGAAAAAGAGAUGUUGUUGGGCAAGCUGGAUUUACUCAGCAACACAAACAUGGUGGAUUUUGCCAUGGAUGUUCACCGUAACCUGUACCCUGACCAGUCAGUUCCCACUACCCUGAAGGAUAAACGUCAGGAUGUUGUGUCACAGCUGAAGGACCUCCAGUCAAAGACAAACAUCAUCACAGAGAUCUUUGACUCCCCUGAGGUACAGCGUCAGAUUCAGUCUUCAAGAGAUGGACGUCAGCUGUAUGACUUACUGUCUAAGGAGUAUGGGUUCAAACACGAGAUGAUCAACACUCUGUACGACUACGCCAAGUUCCAGUACGAGUGUGGCAACUACUCGGCAACUGCUGAGUACCUCUACUUUGUCAGAGUUCUGAUCCCUCCAAGUGACAGAAACUUCUUGAGUUCCUGCUGGGGCAAGCUGGCAUCUGAGAUUUUGAUGCAGAACUGGGACUAUGCCCUGGAUGAUUUGAAUAAGGUCAAGGACCUUAUUGAUGGCAAUUCUUUUGCCUCUGAUCUGAUGACACUGCAACAGAGAACCUGGGUGAUCCACUGGAGUCUGUUUGUGUAUUUCAACCACCCCAAAGGUCGUGACCUCAUCAUUGAUCAGUUCCUGUACACCCCUACGUAUCUCAAUGCUAUCCAGACGACGUGUCCACACAUCCUGCGCUAUCUGACCACGGCUGUGAUCACCAACAAACAGAGGAGGAGGACGGCUCUCAAGGAUCUGGUCAAAGUCAUUCAGCAGGGCCAUGUUGUGAUGGGCACACAGGCCGUGUCUCCCUACCAGCAGGUGAUCGAGAAGACGAAGAACUUGUCCAUGCGCUCACAGAUGUUGGCCUUCAACAUUGAGAAGAAGCUCGGCAAUCGCAGCAACCAGGAUAACCAGUGGUCACAAGAGUGAUUACUCACAAUGGACACGCUGGCUGGAACAGAGCAGCACGAGGCAAAUGCCCAGAGUGACACGUCUUCAGUCUUUAAUCAAAUAAUUUUUUUUUUGGAUUGGUUUUUCUUUGUUCACGACUGCCAUACAGUUACGUCUCGGGAAGGGAGGACUUUUUUUUAAUGGCGGAUGGUCAGAUGGUCAGACGACGCCACUGGUUGGAAGGGCCUGUUUCUUUCGCCUAUCACUCUUCUAUUUCUGUCUGUCUUCCUUGCUCUUCCCCAGUCAUACGUCCCGAAUUCUUCACAUUUUGCUUCGACAGAAAAGAUCAUUUUUGGACCAAAAGAAAUAUUUUUCAGGCAACUUAUGACUUUUUUGUAGACUUAUUUUCUUGAGAGGACGUAAUUGGAAAGCGGGAAAGCGGUUAGAUUUUGUCUUUGUAUAUAUACUUGGAUAUGUGAGGUGAUUGGAACAUGUACAUGUGUGCCUGAAUGGAACAUGAAGUGCUAGGAAGAGUGAGAGUUAUGUAUGGUUUAUGUGAGAGUCAUGUAUGGUUUGUGUGAGAGUCAUUCUUCUUCCUCUUAAGUUUUCAGUAUAUUAAAAAAAAUGUCUUGCAGGUUGUAGCAUUAUUAUACUUUCACACUUGAAAAAGUCGAAGCAUUUUUUUGGGAAGGAAAAUACAAUUGGUUUGGAAAUUCUAGAAAAAAGGGGGCUGCAAUUUUUUUAAAAAGAGGUCAGCGCAGGUAUUUGUGAUUGUUUCAUGUAAAGUGUAUGUCACAAAUGCAAUAAAUUAUUAAUUCCUCA